AUGAAGCUCUCUGCGACCAUCGCCAUCGCUGCUGCGGGCACGCUGGCCUCAGCCCAGGGUCACCACCACGCCCACCACCAUGCCCACAAGCGUGAUACUGUCGCAACCUCCACUAUCGACGAAGUCGUGACUGUCUACCAGCUUGACGGAACGCCAGUCCCUUACGCCGACGUUUGCCAAGGCAUCAAGAACGGCGACUUCAAGUGGGCUAACGGCGCUCCCUCUGGUGCUUGCGCAACGACUACCAGCACCAGUCUCACCGUCAAGGCUGCCGAGUUCAUUCAAACCACAGUUUCUAUUUCCUCCACUAGCUCUACAGUAGUGACCACCUCCGCAGAGCCUACUACUUCAGCUGCUCCUACGACCAGCUCGACCUCUACCACGUCCACCACUAGCAGUACCCCUGCUGCUACCACAACUCCCAGCUCUAGCGGUGCCACUGGCGUUGAUGCCCCUUUCCCUGACGGUGAACUCAGCUGUGAUACUUUCCCUUCCAAGUACGGUGCGGUUCCUCUUGACUUCCACGGCCUUGGAGGCUGGAGUGGUAUUCAGUACCCUACUUUCAACUCCCUCCAGACUCUCGUUGAGAACAUCGUGACCGCUGUUACUGGCGAGUCUUGCACAGAGGGUGCUUUCUGCUCUUACCAAUGUCCUGAAGGUUACUUGAAGUCCCAAUGGCCCGUGACCCAGGGUGCUACCGGUCAGUCCGUUGGUGGAAUCAAGUGCUCUGGUGGGAAGUUGGUCCGAACCAACCCCGAAUACGAGACCCUCUGUAUUGCUGGUGUUCCGGCUUUGUCUGUCAAGAACACCCUUUCGGAAACUGUUUGCAUCUGCCGUACUGACUACCCUGGUACUGAGAGUGAAACCCUCCCAUCCUGUGUCAGCCCCGGACAAACCAUUCAGCUUGCCAAUCCCGAUGGAGAUACCUACUACCAGUGGCAAGGAAAGUCCACCUCGGCUCAGUACUACAUCAACCCUGCCGGUGCCGACGUGUCAUCGGCUUGCACUUGGGGUUCUGCCAGUGAGCCUACUCUUGGUAACUGGGCACCCAUGAACUUGGGUCUCGGCUACAAGGGCGGCUUGACCUACGCCUCCAUCUUCCCCAACACACCCACCACUAGCUCUCUCCUCGAAUUCAACGUCAGAUAUGAGGGUGCCAGCUCGCAGUGCUCUUGGGACGCUAGUGCUAGGACCUACAAGUCUACUGGCGGUGACAGCUCAUCUGGCUGCACUGUUAGCAUUGCUAACGGUAGCAGCGCCACCCUUGUCUUGUACUAG